AUGGAAACAGUGUUUUACGGCAUCAACGUAGCGGUGUAUUUCCUCUGUAUAUACGACCUUCUCUUCGUUCGCAAAUACGCUAGCAAGUCUACCAAGCGCUUGCUGGUUGGAUUAACCACUAUUUUAUUUGCGGUCGCUACAGCGCAUGUUAGCGUCAACUGCCGGCGUCUCAUUGAGGGCUAUGUCAAUCCGCCCGACAAAACUUCUCAGCUCAAAUUCCUGAUUGAUAUCACACAAAAGACGAAUGUCACAAAACAGUUUCUCGUGGUCUUGGCUAACUUAUUCUCUGAUGUUCUAAUUAUAUGGAGAAUAUACAUGGUCUGGGAACGAAAUUUGUUGAUAUGCAUUGUGCCGUCUUUUCUCUGCGCCGGUGUAUUUAUUUGUGGUAUAGCUGCCGCCGUUCUUGUCUCUCAAGUCACUCCAGGCCAAAACAUCUUCGCUAAGCAAAUAGCCGCCUGGGGAAAAGGACAGUUCUCACUCUCACUUGCGAUGAACGUCUCUGCAACACUGCUUAUUGCCGCCCGUAUCUGGUGGGUCACUCGUCCAAUGCGGAUACAUGACCCGAACCGCAUGAAGCCUUAUUGGCGUAUCAUUGUCAUCGUUAUCGAGAGUGCGGCCUUUGCUGUUUUGGCGCAAACAAUUGAGCUUGCGUUCUAUGCGUCGAAUUUCCCAGGUGUAUUCUUCGUCGCGGACUCGGUCGUGCAGAUUGUCUCCAUGAACCCGCUUCUAAUUAUUGCCUUCGUCGGCCGGACGCGUUCACAGAAGCAGUCGUUUACAUCCUACAUGCCAACCGAGCGCAUGCUCACCGAACCAGUCUAUGCUGCACGCACAACCGCGACGGACCAAUCCGAAAUGAACUUCGAUGAUAACAAACAUUUCCACCUUUCUCUUCCUGAACAAGAGAAAGGACAUAACGAGCAACUUGGGCUGGUUAGCAAUCAGAGCUCGGGGAAUACCAAUAGGACGAUGUUCUCUUCGAAUUCGGAAAAGAAGCCGGAGAGAAAGUCUGGCGACGUAAAGGAAGUUGUAUAG